UCAAGAUGGCUGCUACGAGGUGCUGUGGGGAGAGGUGGAAGUUUUUUUAACAUGGCCGCGAUAGGUAUUAAAAUAAAAAUACACCCCAACUGUCAGUUUUUACAAUCACCUCAUGAAUCAGCGUGAUCGGGCCUAGUGAGCACCAUGUGGAGGUGGUAUUCAGGAGAUGAGUCUGGCCCUGCUCAUCAGGGCCAAGACUCCCAAGAUAGAAUAACUAAUCAAUCAAUGGCUGAUGUUGCUGAACAGCUUGCCCAGACUGAACAGUUAGUGGUACAUCUGAAGGAACUUAUACGAGAGAAGGAUAAUGCUCUCCAUACCAAAGACCAAGAAUUCAAGAGUGAAAAAGAAUCAUUUGAAGCCAAAAUUUCCAAAUUAAAAUUGCAGCAUAAGGCAAAGGUUACAUCACUAAAUUCUCAGUUAGAGGAAAUGAAGAAACAGUUAACACCAUCAGAAUCCAGAGAAAUGGGAUCAGAAGUUAAAAAGUCUGUUGGUGAUUCAGAUCAUGACCAUGCCGCAGCCAAACGAGGGAAAAUUCUGUUACUUAAGAAGAAAGUAGAGGAUCUGGAACUGCAGCUUUCCCAGAAAGAGACAGAGUUAAAAAACAAGGCUGAAGAGCUGGUGGCUCAGAGACUCCGUGGGGAAGAAAUGGAUGCAUUGUUAGCUGAGAAAGAUAAGAAAUUGUCUGAAAAAGAGGCCUAUAUUGUCGAACUUCACAUGGCAUCAGUAACAGACAACACCUCUAGAGCAUUACAUGCUACAUCACAAGAUUUAUCACAGGUUCAGCUGAGUCAGCAGUCUUCCACAACUCCACAGGAUUUGGAGUUAAUUGUCAAAAACCUUACAAAGAAAGUGGAAGAAAGUGAGGAGAAGUGCAGCUUUCUUGAAGAGCAAAAUAAAAGCCUUCUGGAUCAGAUUAAUACUGAAAAAAAGCAAUUUGAUGACAAGGAAAAUAUGUACAAACAAAAUAUUCAGACUUUUAAAGAUAUUAUUCUUGAAAAAGACAGCCAUUUUGCUGAACAAAUACGAAUACAUGAACAAGAGCUGUUCAAACUGGCUUCAAAAUCUGAUGCAAGUGCUGAUCUUGAACAGUUGCUUAAAGUUCUUAAACAAAAACUUCAUGAAAAGGAAGAGGUCUUACUUGGAAGAACUCAAGUUGUAGAUGUACUACAGAAAGAAGUGGAUGCCAGGGAUAAUCAGAUAAAAGAACUUAAUGAAAAAAUGAGGAGGCUUCAACUGGAAAAGGACAACAUGCAAUCCAAAUUAGAUGCCGAAAAGCAUAUAAUGAGAGCCCAAAUAAGAGACCUUAUGGGAAAACAUGAAAAUGAAGUUAAAGUUAUUAGAGAAAAGUUUGAAACUGAACUGUCUGAAAAAAAUAUAGCGUAUAUGCUGCUACAGGAGCAAAUUUUAGAAAAUGGGAACCAAUCCAAAUCAUCAGAAGUGGAGAAAGGGUUUACAGUUGAUGGUGAUUAUGCUCAAAGAAUUGUAGAACUGGAAGCACAAGCAAAAGCAAAAACAGAAGAGGCUAGCAAAUCUGAAGCAAAAUACCUGAAAAUGAAAGCCUGGUCUAAAUCCAAAAUUAAACAGCUGGAGGACGAACUCAGAAAAGCACAGUCUGGUUCAGCCAGUCUAGAUAUAAUUGCUUUGAGAAAUAAGAUUACAGAACUGGAAGAGGAAAGAGAUGAGGUUCAAGAAAAACUGGAUCAGUAUCACGCACUGAAACGACAAAAUGAUGAACUAAUGGCUAAACUUGAGCUUUAUGAAGAACAACAGAGAAAGCUACAAGCAGACUUGGAGCAAGUUACUAAAAGGGCUGCCUCUCAGACAAGUGAAUCUGGCAGUGCAGAUGAACUGCAAAGUCAGGUUUUAGAAUGGCAGGAAAUGAUAUCUGAGGCAGAAGCAGCACGGGAUCAAGCAAGAGAGGAGAAAUCAGUAAUGGUCUUAAGGAUGACACAAAUUGAAGAAGAAAGAGAAGGACUGAUUGAGGAUGACUGGUUCUUUCCUGGCUGCUCCGAUCCAGCCUUAGUCACUCGGCAGCAGGAGCUGGAGGAGGAACUGGCGCAAGCUCAAGGGCUGCAACAGCAGAGAAGAGGACACAAGCAGGCUGGAAGCAGCACUCCUAAUCAUCAGGAUGAUUUUGAAUUUGAUGGGAAGCAGUGUUAUGAAAAUCCCAACAUUACUUUGGAAAGCAAUGAUUCUGCAGAUGGGGAAAACAUGGGAGGUUGGUGGCCUGAGUACACUUCUCCCCAUACAGGACUCAGGUCUGUUGUAGAAGAACUGGAAUUGGAGAGAAACCAGCUUCAGGAGCAGAUACUGGUACUUGAGGAAAGAUGUCAAAAUCUGGAAGACAGGCUUCAGCUCCAAGCAAGAAUCGAGUCAUUACAGGUGACGUUUGAUGUAGAUGAAGAAAGACAACAAUUCAGGGUUACUCAGAGCGAAACAGAACGACUUCAAAGCCAACUGGCAAAUGUAAGGAGUCAGCAAACAAGAGAUGCUGAGAAACAUCACAUGCUUGUUUCUAAUCUUAAUGAACAGCUUAAAGGGAUUAAUGAAAAAAAUGAUAUUCUUGAAAUGUCACUGACUGAGAAAGUGCAGAUGUUAUUUCAAACAUCUGCAAAGUUGGAAGAAACUGAAAAUCUCAGAGAUGCUUUGAAAGAGAGAGAAAUUUAUACCAAAGAACUCGGUGAAAAACUUGGGCAGAGUGAACUAAAUCUAUCAGAAAUGACAAAGAAGUGCAACACUCUUGAAUCAAAAUGCUCAGAACUAACAGCUUUAAACACAGAUCUUUUGCAGAAAUUGACAUCCCUGAAAGAAAAGAGUCAGAAACAGGAAGUUGUUUUAGAAGAACUUCAGCAAGACCUUGAUCAGACUAAUGAAGAACUAGAUAAACUAAACACAACCCAUUUGGAAGAGCGGUCUCAACUUAUUCAUGACCUUCAAAGCUGUGAAAGAGAAAUUGAUAACCUUAAAGAUGUGGUUUCUGAGAAAGAAAAGGAAAUUGUGUCUCUGACUGCAAACAUGAGUGAGUACUCUGAGCAGGUUCUACAGCUGAAACAACAAAUCAGAUACAAAGAGGAGGAGAUUGGAGAAAUGGAAACGGCUUUGAAUAAUGCAGAGAGGCAAGCGCAGAUCAUCAAAGAGACACAGUCUUUAGAUGAACAAACAGUGAAUUCCAAACUCUCUGCACUUUUGGAACAAUUGCAAAAGAUGGAAACUGAUUUGAAUGAAACCAGAACUCUAAAAGAGGGUAAAUGUAUAGAGGUGGAAGAACUAUUAAAACAAGCUCGUGAUAAUAAUGAAAUUAUACAAAACCUUCGAACUGAAAUUCAGAAGUUAAAUGGACUUCACAGUGGCCAUAUUGUAGAGUGUGAGGCUCAGAUAGCUUCUUUAAAGGAGCAAAUUACUUUAUACUCUAAAAGGAUACAGGAUAAAGAUGACCAACAUCAGAGUGAAGCUGAAAGCUUGAGAAGUCGUCUGGAAGAAGCAAGUAAUGCUUACAAAAGUGUUGGAAGUCAACUUGAGGAAAAGAAGGAAAUGGUGAGCAAUUUGGAAGUUGAGCUUAAAACAUAUAAGGAUAAAUGCAACCAGCUAACAUCUGAUCUACUGCAGAAAGAAGAAGAACUUAAAAGUAUAACUCAGCAACUUGCCAACCAAUUAGACAAUGAAAAUAAAAUUAGGGUUUCUAUCAACGAUGAGCUGCAAACUAUACAUGGGAACAGAUUAAAAGAAGUAGAAAGAGACGCUGAAGAAAAAAACAACAAACUCAAUCAAGAACUUCAAAGCAAGGAUGUGGCUUAUAAGUUGCUCCAGGAAGAUGUUUCUCGGCUGAAUACAGAAUUAAGCGCUCUUAAGAAUGAGAGAGAGCAUUUGCAGGCCAUCGCAGAGCAGAAAGAGGUUGAAAUUUUAGAACAGGCUAAACUUGUGAAUGAAAUUAAUGAGAGAGUUGCCAGCAUUCUUGAAGACAAAGCAAAUGGGCAGAAUCAACUAAAGGAAGCUUUAAGUGAAAAUGAAAAAUAUAAAAAUGAAGCCAUGGAAUGCAGGACUUUAAACAUGAGCCAGAGUUGCCUCAUCCAAGAAAUGCAAGUCAAGAUGAAUUCAAAUGUGUCUCAGUUAUUUGAAUAUGAACAAAUUAUUGCAGGAUUGCAGAAAGAAAAAGAGGCUUUAGACCUAAGGGUGUCUGAUCUUUCUUUCUUGUGGAGCAAAAUGAAAAAAAUGUUGGGGAAAAAACAAAUGAAUGUGUUCAUCUUUCAAAGCUGCUUUCAGAUAGUCAGGAAAAGACAAAAAAUCUUGAAGAUCAUCUGCAGAGACACUGAAUUGAUGGCUCAGGAUCAAAACAAAGCCUUACAGUCAGGUUUGGUUGAAAAUGAUUUGGCUCUUCAAGACAAAGCUUUAGAAUGUGAUACUUUACAGAAGCAUUUAAAUGAUCAAAAGGAAAUUGCUUUGAAAUUGCAAAAUGAGGCAGAGAAUCUGAAGAAUGAAAUCAAAAGGCUUGAGGAACAAGCUCAAGAAGAAGCAGCUGCUCUUAGACAUAAAUCGGAAGAGUGUAACAAGUUGUGGGAUCAGAUAACAAAGAAAAGUGAAACUGUUACUUUACUUAAUCAGCAAAUAGAUGUAAUGAAUGAAAAUACGGACAAACUGAAAACUGAGAAUGAUGAGCUUAAAGUGACGGUGAAUAAAUAUAUGUCAGACAUCACUAAAUUAGACGAACAGCUAAAAGUAAGCCAGGCUAAAUGUUCUGAUCUUCAGAUGGUUAUGCAGACGCUAAGAACAGAAAAUGAUAAGCUUAAAAUGGAUGUGCAAGAUAUGGCUUUAACAUUUUCCCAAAAGGAAAGGGAACUUAAUGCACUCAAUGCGGAAAUCUCUAAACAAGAGGAUAAUUUAGCUUUAUUGAAAAAACAGUUGGCAGAAGUUAGUUUUGAGAAAGAAACUUUAUUAAAGGCUGUGCAAGAGAAAGAAGAAUGCUUAUCUCAAAAAGAAAUGUUUAUUAAGCAGAUAGAGACUACAUCAGUAGAAGAAAAAAAACAGUUCUCUGAAAAUAUGGAAGUUGCUGUUCAGCUCCAGGCUCAAGUAUGUGAAAAAGAACAAACUUUGCAAGAGCACAUGCAGACAAUAGCCCGCCAAGAAAAAGAAAUUAAACUUCUGCAAGAUAAAACAGAGGAAUGCAAUGUUCUCAGGUCAGAAAUGAGUGUAAACAUGGAAAUGAUAUCCAGCCUCCAAGGUCAGUCAAUAAAUAUGGCUGAAAAUAUAAAGCAGUUAGAAAGUAUUAUAACAGAAAAGGAUUCCCUUUUAAAACAAAAAGUUGAUAGCUACAUUAGUUUAAAAGCUCAGUUUUCCGAUCUGGAAGAUUUGGUGGCGCAACUUAGACAGCAAGUAGACAGUGUUACAGCAGAACUGGGAACACUCAGAAAAACAAGUGAGGAUAAGGAAUUAAGUCUAGUUCAAGAUAAAGAAACUGCUAAGCUUCAAAUUGAGGAUCUAAAUUCAAAACUCCGAGAUAAAGGACUGGAAUGUGAUAGUCUUAAGGAACAGCUUUCAAAUGCACAAGAGGCUACAUCAAAACUAGCUGAGAAGCUGGAAAUCCAGAGUCUUGAAUUAAGUAGCUUUAAAGAGUUAGUCACGGAGAAGGAAAUUUCUCUUUCGGAGCAGACAAGGAUGGUACAAUUUCUUAAAGAAAAGGAAGAGGAAGCAACAUUGUUUAAAUCUCAGCUGGUGCAGAGCACAGAGUCCUUAGCUGAUUUACAAAACCAGUUAGAAAAGCAAAUCUGUGACUCACAGAGGAUGACAGAUUUAUUAAGUGAAAAGCAAAGGUCCCUGUUGGAACUACAGGAACAAUAUGCAUUGCAAUCUAAACAACUUCAGGAUAUUAGCACGUCUCUUUUACACAAGACUGAAGAAGUUUCUGCCCUGGACAGUUUAAUUUUCCAGAAGGACAACAUUAUCAAAACAGCUGAAAAUGAAUCCAGUGCUCUAAAAAACGAAAUUAGUUGCCUCAGAGCUGAGCUAGAGAGUAGUUCUGCUGCAUAUUCAAAUCUUCUUCAAGAAAAAGAUGCUGUGAGUUCUUCAAAUCAAACAAAGUGUAAUGCUUUGGUUGCAGAAAUUGAAGCACUGAAAACAGAUCUUCAACAAAAUGGUGCACAAAUUAAUUUAUUAACUCAGGUUGUGGAGCAAAAAGAACAUGAUAUAACUUUCCUUAGUAAUAAAUGUACAGAGCACUGUGAACAGCUAGACCACCAAAACACACAAAUUAAGAGUUUAAAUGAAAGCAGUGCUAAUCUGAAACAGCAACUGGAGUUAGCAAUCAAUAAAAACACCCUUUUUCAGCAGGAAGUAAACAAGUUGGCUGCAGAUAGAGCAGAUUUGGAGACUCAAUUCAAGAACCAGAUAAGAGAAAUGGAAGAUAAGUUUCAGAUUUUAAGUGCAAAAAAGGAAGAUUUGAUGAAAGAAGUAGAGUCACAGCAGAAGAUUGUACACCAAGAGCUUCAAAAGCAGGUUAGUGUAAAAGAUGAAGAAAUUGCAGAGCUGAAAUUAGAAAUCCAAAAAGUAGAACAUACCCUAGUGGAUUCUGAGAAAGAAUGGUUAGCUGACCUAGAUAGAGAAAAUCAUCGCUAUUGCAUACUAGCUGAGCAAUUGAGAACAGCAGAAAAUGAAAUGAAAGUGAAAGAUGUUAAAAUACAAGCCCUUCAGAAAGAUCUAGAUGAAUUGCUUGAAAAAGAUGUUGAGCUGUCCUCUUCGCUGAAGGUUAAAAUAGAUCAGCUAGCUGAAAGUAAUGUGAGCAAUUUGAAUCUUAGUCAACAGAUUGCUCAUUGCCAAAACACAAUAGAUACAAUGGUUGCAGACAUUAAGAAGAAAGAUGAACAAUAUGCAGAAAUCGAGCAGGUUCUCUCUGAGAGGGAAAAGGAAGUUGAGAAAUUAAAGGCAGAGAAGGUAUUAAGCCAGCAAGACCUUUCUGAAGUUAGUCAAUCUUUGUCAAACAAAUUGUUAGUAUUAGAAGAAGAAAGAUUUUCUCUGCAAGCAGAAAUUAAGCAGCUAAAGAGCCAGCUUCUUACUGAAAAGGAAUCUUUGAUAGAAGAACUGGAUAAAAAUAAUCUGUUAUUGAAGAGUAAGUUGUCAGAGUUGUUGGAUAGAGAAAGAGAUGUGCAGGAUGCAAGGCAUCAAGUCUCACUGAUGCAGGAGCAGUUAAACAAUGCUCAAGAAGAAAUAAAAAUUUCCCAUGAAAACCUUAACAUUACAGUUAAAGAAAAAACACAGUUAGCUUUGGAAAUUCAGAAAAAAGAGGAGCAAAUUCAGUCUCAAACUAUGCAAUUAAAUCAACAAAAAGAACUGCUGUCUUCACUUAGUAUUCAGCUAAGAGAAAAAGAUUUCUCAGUUGCCCAACUCAUGGAGUCCAUAUCCAAUGAAGUUAUUAAACAUACUGAAGAAAAAACACAGUUAACUGCAAAACUGCAAGACCUUGAAAAGAAAUAUUUCGGCCCCACCCAAGAACUUCAGAGCCUUUAUGAACAACACAAAGAACUGGAGAAGCGUUUGUCAACUUAUGAAGCACUUAUUGAGUCACAUAAUGCAGAAAAGAAAGACCUACUUGAUGAAAAGGAGGAAUUGCACAGUCGGUGUGAAGCUCUUGUCAAGGAAAGAGAUACAAUGAAAAAGAAACUUCAGGCUGCUUUGUUGGCUAGGAAAGAAUUGUUAAAGAAGAUGGGUGACAUAGAGAGCAAAAGCCAGGCUGAUUUUAAUAAACUUAAAGAAUGUGAAGACGUGCAAAGUUCAUUCCAUGAGAUAUCCUCCAAGACAUUACAGACUCAGAGCAUUUUUAAGGAACAUGAAUCUCAAAUUGCACAUUUAAAACAGCAGCUUAUUGAAAAGGAGAGAGAUGUCACUGAAUUAUCCCAAGCCAUAAUUGACAAACAGUCAUGUGUUAAUCUGCUAGAAAAGGAACUGCAUGAUCUCAAAAGUCAGAUGUUUGAAAGUGAGUCUCAGCUUGAUCACUCUUUUCAUAUAGCAAAGGAAAAAUAUGCAGUUAUUGAGAAUGUCAAGAUCACUCUAAAAGAAAAUGAGGCUGGGUUUGAAAAGGAGUCUUCUGAGCACAUAACAGAACAUGCAUACGUCCAGAUCGAUGUGAAGAAAGAGGAGAUCCAAAAAGAAGAAAUGUCUGCUGCUGUUAUAAAGAAAUCUGAAAAUGAGGCAUCUGGAAGUAAAACUUUACUUGAGAAAGAAAAAGAGGUUUUGGAAAAGAAGCUUCAUGCUGCUCUCUUAGCUAGACGGGAAACUUUGAAGAAAAGUCAGGAGAAGGAUAAGAAGCAUAAACAGGAGCUAACCCAGCUGCAAGAAACUAUUAAGAGACUUGAAUUACAACAUUCAGAGAAGACUGAAGAGCUGCAAAAAGCCAAAGAUGAACUUAGCUCUAUGCACCAAGACUAUAAUUGUAAGAUUAAAGAAUUUGAAAGCAACAGAGGUAUCAUAGAAGGCUUGCAGAGACAGCUGAACUCUAUUACUGUUCUGCUUGAAGACAAGGAGAAGACUUUACAAGAUUUGAAAGACCAAUUAAAAGAACAAGAGAAUAAAAUGCUGAGUGCUUUGCAACAGCAAGAUGAAGUGGAAUUUCUCCAAAAUGAAAUCACUACUUUAACCUGUACCAUCGCAGAUAAAGAUAAAUCACUCAAAACACUUGAAAAUAAUUGCAAAGACCUUGGCUUAGAGCUAAAAGAGGUCAAGUCAAAGUUAAACACUGCCAGUCUAAGUCUUUCCCAGAAAGAUGAACAACUGAAAAAUCUGCAAAGUGUUAUUGACAGUACCCAACAGGAGCACACACUGGAAGAGCAAGCACUUCUUGAUAAGUGCGCUGAAUUGCAAACACAGCUAAGAAAAGCACAAGAUGUAACUGAAGGCUUGAAAAUUGAGCUCACUAGCACAAACAGAGAUAAUGACACACGGUUGGAAACUUUAAGAUCUAGCAAUGACAUGCUGUUAAAAGAAAAUGAGGAGUUGAGGGGACAGCUUUCUGAAGCACAAUCUCUAAUUGCCGAUUUCAAAGAGGAGACCCUUUGUUUAAAAGCCUCUCUUUUGGAUGUGCAGUGCCAGUUUAAUAAAGAAAAAGAAGAUUUACAAUUUCAAGCAGAGAAGCUUGAAGGUGUUUGGCAGCAGUGUAAAACAGAGGCUGAGAGUAUGAAAUUACAACUUGAAAGCGAACAGAAAGAAAAAGAGGCUGCAUUGGGUCAGUUGGAGAGCUCUAGAACAGAACUUUGUAUGCUGGAAGAAAGAGUGAACCACCUGGAGAAGGUAAAAGCAGACUUAAAUAAAAUGAUAAAUUCCCUACAGGAAGAAGCAGCUAAAUACCACCAGGAUUCUGUACAAAACUUGCAUAUUGAGAAAGUUAAGUUGCUGCAGUCAGAAGUUGAUAGACUUGAGGUAGAACUCAAAGAAAAAGAGAUGGCUGUAAUAUCUUUGAAAGAAACCAUCACACAAAAGGAAGCACUAGAGAUGCAAAUGAAAUUUGAAUUUUCUAUCCAUGAAGAAGAAAAAGGAAGAUUGAAGAGAGAAGUUAAUGAACUGCAACAGAAUUCAGCUAAGUCAACUCAUACUGUUAAAACUGAAGAGCAAGAAAUUGCAAGCAAAAUGAAUGAGCAAAUCACUAGAAAACUUCAAGCUGCUUUAAUAUCCCGAAAAGAGUUGCUGAAGGAGAACAAGAUUCUUAAAGAUCAAAAUCAGGCAUUAUUGUCAGAAAAAGAACAGGUGUUAAGUACAUUGUCUAGUCUUCAGGAGUCUGCUGUUGAUAUGGAUAAAAAACUGAAAGACUUGAUGUUGGUGGAGGUCUCCCUGACUAAUGAAAAAGAAAGAUUGAAGGCAGAAAUGGUCAAAAUCCUUAGUGAAAAUCACAGUCUAAAUGCUGCAUGUGAAAGUCUUAAAUAUACAAUUGAAAAUAUAACCCAGCAGAAGCAGGCUUUUUCAUGCCAAUUGGAAUCCUUAAAAGAUUCUCAAGCUCUUGAAUUAUCAGAGUGGAAGACCAAACAUACAGAGUUGAAACAAGAAUAUGAAUCUCUGCUACAAGCCUAUGAAAACAUCAGUAGUGAAAUGGGUAAGAUGAGUCAAAUGGCUGAAGCUGCCAGAAAGGAGAAACAAGAGAUGAUGACAAACAUGUACAAAGUGGAUAUGGAGAAUGAGGCCUUGGAAAUGAGACUUAAGCAGGCUAAUGAAGAAAAAGAAAAGUUAAACAAAGAACUAAGGAAUCUUUCUGACUUAAACCAACAACGCAUCUGUGAUUUGGAAGAAGGUAAUGAGAGACUUAAAAAAGAGCAACUAGAAAUAGUUAAAAGCCAGCAAUGUUCUAUAGAGCAGCUUGGCCUUGAAAAUUCAAAAUUGAAAGAAGACCUUAAUGUAUUAAAAGACAACUGCAGGAUGCUUGAUUUAAAAGUGCAACAGCUUACUACAGAAACUAAUACAUCACUUAGAGCAUUGGAAAGUCUUAAAUCUGAAAAGAACCAAAGUGAAGACGACUUACAGAGUAGACUAUGUGAGGCAAUUCAGUCAAAAGAUUUGUUAAAUGCAGAAAUUCAAUCCCAGAAAAAUGAGAUUGCAGCCCAAGCUAAAACAAUUGAAGGUUUGGAGAAUGAAAAGAACAUUCUUUCAAAUAAAUAUACUGAAUUAGAAACAAACUAUAAGGAAGAAAUAGGAAAAAAAGUGAAGUGUGUUGAACAGCUGCAAUGUAACAUCAAUAGCAGUCAGCAGGAGGCCAUUAACCUCAAUGAGAAGGUAAAGAUUUUAGAGGAUGAUAAAAUACUGUUACAGGAGGAACUUGAAAAUUUGCAGGAAAUGUACCAUAAAGUAAAAACUAAGAAUGAUUUUUUGGAAACAAAUUUGCAUGAAAACUCUGAAAAGAUUUACCAGUUUCAUGAUAUAGUCAGUAAACUGGAAAGUCAAAACAAAUUCCUUUCCAGUCAGUUAAGUGAGGUUAAGGAAGAAAAGUGCAAUGUAAUUAGAGAGAAAGAUGAAGAGCAAGUAAAACUCAUGAAAGUGUUUGAAAAUAAACUCAAGGCGGCUCAGAGAGGAAGUGAAGACACGAAAAAUGUGACUAGGGACCUCCAAGAGCUUCUACGAGAAAAACAUCAGGAACUAAACCAACUGCAAAAAGACUGCAUAAAAUAUCAGGAAUUGAUACUAGAUUUGGAAAGGUCUGUUAAAAUAUCUCAGUCUGAACGUAACACAAUGGAAAAUGAACUAACGAUGAAGACUGAAAAGGUUUCAGAGAUAAAGAAAGAAAUUGUUUCAUUUAAAGAAUUAUUGUACCAAAGCAAAAAAGAUUAUGAAAAAGUUGAAGCUGAAAAUUCAAGAUUGAAAGACAUGCUUGAACAGAAAAGUCUGGAGGCAGAACAACAGUUCAGCAACAGACAGAGGGAGCUAGAAAAGGUCAUAGAAGAACAAAAGGUUGGUUAUGAAAGAGAAAAGCAGAUUAACAAAGACCGUGAGAAGGAGAUGAGCAAGGCUAAAGAGGACAUUUCUAAAUUAAAAAGAGAUAGUGAAGAUAAAACUAUUAUCAUUAAGAAACUUGAAAGUGAAUUGGCAAAGACUAUAGCCAAUCUAGCUGCUGUUUCUCAGAGUUGGACCACUUUUCAAAGUGGUGAAGGCAAAGCAGAGGACCUUAAGCAGUGGGAGAUUAAAUUUCAAAAAGUAAUUCAAGACAAAGAUAAACAGCUGCUAGAUCUUACAAACACUGUGCAAAAGCUAAGAGACAGUACUCAAUUGAAAGAUGCUCAGAUUAAGGAAAUGAGAAAUAACUUCACAGAUCUGGAAGCUACCAGCAGUGCACCAGAUAGCAAGUAUAAAGCAUCAUCUGCCGGACUUAAACAACUAGCUGAAGAGUUGAAAAAGAACUUGGAAAAAGAAAAAUCCCUUAAUGAAAAACUAGAAAAAGCGAAGAAUUUAAUAGCUCAACAGCUUGCUCAGAGUGAACACAAAAUAGCUAAUUUGGAGGCAAAUCUUCAAAUGAUGGAAAAUAAGUUUUUUGACAGUGAAGCUAACCUCCAAAAACUGCAUGCACAAAGUGAUAGAUUACAAAUAGACCUUGAAAAGCAUCAAGGCAUUAGUUUACAGCUAAGAUCACUGCUUGGGAACAAAGAUGCAGAAAUCUCCAUGCUACUUUCCUCACGAAAUGUGGAGUUAUCUGGUUAUUUAGAGCAAAUACAGAAUCAUCAUAGAUUGCAGGUUGUGACUUACGAGGAAAGGCUCAAAAGAUUGUACGAUGAGAAGGAACAGAGACAAGAAGAAUUUAGAGAUCUGGAGAACAAAUUAAAAAGCCUUCAAAUAAAGGCAGAGAAAUCAGUACAGGAGAAAGAUCAAAUGGCUGUAAAUGUGGAAAGUUUAAAGAAUGCAAUGAUGUCAUUACAGAAUGACAGAGACUGCAUUUUAUCAGAGUACAAGAAGUUGAAGGAGCAGUAUGAGCUUGUUUCUGUUGACAGUAGAAGUUUAAUUGAAGAGGAAGCAAUUGAAAAUGCACAGAUGAAAAGAAAAAUAAACUCUCUUCUUCAUGAUAUGGAUGAUCUCCAUUCAGAAAAUGCCAUGCUUAAAGCACAUCUGAUAAGGUACAGAGAAGACCUUAACCAGGUGUUAUCACUAAAGGACAACCAGCUAAAAGAGCUUUUACAGAAACAGCUGGACUCUAUAAAAAACCUAGAAAAUGAGAAGUCAUUUCUGGGAAAGCGGCAACAGGAUGUCCAGCAGGAACUUCAGCAAACAGUUGAAAGUGUGAAUAAAUUAAAGAUGGAGAAUGAAAAAUUAAAAUCUCAGGUGCAGGACCUUCAGGGAAUUAUUUCAACUAUGCAGCAAGAGAAAUCUGAUAUGAAGGAGGCCAAAAUGAUUAUUGACCUGCAGGAAGAAGUUUCUGCUAAAACAACAGAAUGCAAGCGCCUAAAAGAAGAAAUGAAUAUCAAUAUGUCAACCAUUAGACAGCUAGAAAAUGACAUUGUCCAAAUUGAGAAGGAAACUGACAAGAAAAUAGCUGAGUGUGAAGCAGACUGUAUUAACAAGAUUGCUGCUUUUGAACGGGAUGUGGAGGUUUUAAGGAAAAGGAUGGAAACAGCCGAGGCCAGAGUUGUAGAUCUGGCAAAUGAUUUGGCACAGACCGAAGAGACUCUUGCACAGUGCAAAACUGAAAACAAGCUGCUUAAAUCACAAAAUGAAGCUUUUGGAAAAGCAAUGGGGGCUUUACAGAAUGACAGAGACAGACUCAUUGAAGAUUUCAAAAUUUUGCAAGCCAAGUAUGAUGAGGAACUUAAAUUGGCAUUAGCAAAUGUAAGCAAACAAGAAUUUAACAACAAAGAUCUGACAUCUCAGGUUAGAGGUUUAGAAAAGGAAAAUGCUGCUUUAAAUCUGAAGCUUUCUGCAUUUGAAAAUAAAAGUACAAACAGCCAGCUGAUAAGCCAAAUUGGGGACCUGUGCAAAUCAGCUGCAGACAAGGAUAAUGAAAUCCAAAUACUUGUAUCUCAAAAUGAGUCUCUUAACCGGCAAAUAUUGGCCUUUUCUAAAUCAAUGGCCAGUUUGCAGCAUGAUAGAGAAAGACUGCUACAGGAACUUGAUGACUUAAAAAAAGAUUGUGAAUCUAGAAAAGAGGAAACUGUGGCACGUGUAUCUGUGGAAAGUUUUACACAACCAAAAGCCCUUGGUUCAAGUUUUUCUGAAAUCACAGAGAAGGAAAUGUUGGUGUCUUUUGGACAAGGAUUUGGAGUAACAGAUUCGACAUCUCUGAAAAACAAAGUUGAAGAACUUCAGGCAUUGCUGCAGCAAGAAAAAAGACUCCGGCAACAAGCUGAGCAAGAUGUCAGUGUUCAGAAGUCAGAAUUUGCUGAGCUAAGAAAGGAAAAGAACAUGCUUAUUACAGAAUCUCAAGCCUUAAGAAUGCAAUUAAUGUCAGUGGCUGCAGAAAAAGACAAACAAAAAGAUGAAUUACAGAAACUUAGUCAUGAAGUGCUUUCAAAAGAAUCCAGGAUUUCGGGCAAUGUCUACCCUGUUAAGAUUGAAAAUGUUUCUCUGAUCGCCAAGGAAAAUACUGCAGGUAGCAGUGACUUGCAGCGAUGCCUGGAAGAACUUCAUCAAAAAGAUAUACAUUUUCAACAGUUAAACACUAAGUUAAUGCAGACAAUGGAAGAGAAGAUGGCCCUGUCUACCCAGUUGAAAGCAAUUACGCAGACUUUAAGAGACACUCAGGUGCAUUAUACUCAGCUGCAGAAUCGUUGCUACUGGCUUGAAAGCCAGUUACAUAUGCAGCCUUUACAGGAUUCCUUUGAAGGGCAAAGACAAGGAGAAUCAACAGCUGAGGUCCCCCCAGGAGCUCCACAGGAACGGGCCAGCACUGUAAGUCUUGACAUUGGUGAACUCGUAAAAAGGCUGGCUGAAACAGAACAACUGUAUGAUUCUACACAACAAGAACUGUCCCAAAUGGCGGAGAGCCUUUUAGAGGAACAAACCAGGCGACAGGCAGCAGAAGAGGCAUUAGAAUUAGUUGAACAGAGGGCUCAGAGUACUCAUUCUAGCAGCUCCAGGACUUCUCAGAGAGAGUACAGCAUUCAGCUAGAGUCAGAUGAGGAGCAUGAGGCAUUAUUAAUAGAUCCAACCGAGCAUGUUGUACUACGCAAGGUGAAGGGUGGUGCCCUCACUUUCAGAAGGUGGCUUCGUGGACGUAGUCUAUAUUGCUCUAAAAUGCUGACAUCCAGAGCAAAAUCCCGCUACUUUUUCCUGACAUACUUGUUGGCAUUGCACAUUGCUGUUUUGUUGUGUGUAACGGGCAUUCUAUAAACACUACCAAUGAAAAUAAUAACUACUUAAAUGCUAGAGUCUGAGAAGAUGGUUUUGCCAUAUUGUAUUGAGCUGCUGUUUUAAGCUAUGCACUGAUAACCUCUGUUAUGUUUAUUCAAUAUAGAACAACAGGGUGUUGUAAAAGAGAAUAAUUGUAAUGGUUUUAUGUAUAUCAGGCUAUGAAAAAUAUGUUACGUUCUCGUUAUAUAUUUCACAAUCAAAGAAAGUUUACACAAUGAUUCACUACAGAGUUACGUAAAAUGUUGUAAGAUGCUGCAGGUGUAUCAGUUUGUAAUGUUUAAUUCUUUUCAUGAAAUGUACAUAAGUUGUGCCCGGGAGAAAUGUAUGAAAGUGAAAUUAAGAACUGGAGCAGAGAAUAAAAUAUCUUGUACAGUAUAUGGGGAUUUUAUUUUUAAAAGAAAGAAUGAAUGGUAGUUUCACUGUAUUUUACAAAAGAAUGUUUUGCUGCCUUUUGAUACUGACGAGUUGUUCUGUGUGCAAUACUACAAGGUUUUGGAGAAUCGAUCACUUUCACAUAAAGAUUUGAUUUUAAUAAAGGUAUUUAAGCUAUUCAA